AAAGAGGUGGGAAGUGUAAUAGCGCAAUCGGAGCAGCAGUAGAGAGACACACAGCGCGAAGAUGGCGACCCGGACUAUGCAAGCGGCGCGAUGCCCUACUGACGAGCUGUCAUUAACAAACUGCGCAGUGGUGAAUGAGAAGGACCUGCAGUCUGGACAGCAUGUGAGUGUUAAAACCACUCCAAACCACAAGUUUGUGUUCACAGUCAAGGGUCAUCACACGGUAACACCUGGAGCUAUAGCAUUCAGCUUACCACAGAGGAAAUGGGCCGGACUCUCUAUUGGACAGGAAGUGGAAGUAUCAAACUAUAACUUUGACAAAUCAAAGCAGUGCAUCGGUGCAAUGAUGAUCGAGAUCGACUUCCUGCAAAAGAAAAGCACCGACUCAUCUCCAUAUGAUUCGGACAAAAUGGCGAGUGAAUUCAUUCAGCAGUUCAAUAACCAGGCCUUCACCGUGGGACAGCAGUUGGUGUUUAGUUUCUGUGAUAAACUCUUUGGCCUGAUGGUGAAGGACAUUGAAGCAAUGGAUGCAAGCAUACUGAAAGGAGAGACAGCAACUGGAAAGAAACAAAAGAUUGAGAUUGGUCUGUUGGUGGGAAACAGUCAGGUGAUCUUUGAGAAAGCAGAGAAUUCCUCCCUUACACUCGUUGGAAAAGCCAAAACCAAAGAGGCACGUCAGACGAUUAUUAAUCCAGACUGGAACUUUGAGCGCAUGGGUAUCGGUGGCCUGGAUAAAGAGUUCUCAGAUAUCUUCAGGAGAGCAUUUGCCUCGCGAGUCUUUCCUCCUGACAUAGUGGAACAGAUGGGAUGUAAGCAUGUUAAAGGCAUCCUCCUCUUUGGUCCUCCCGGCUGUGGUAAGACUCUGAUGGCAAGGCAGAUCGGUAAGAUGUUGAACGCCCGCGAGCCGAAAGUCGUGAACGGACCAGAGAUUCUCAAUAAGUAUGUCGGAGAGUCCGAGGCCAACAUCAGGAAACUGUUUGCUGAUGCUGAGGAGGAGCAGAAGAGGUUGGGUGCGAACAGCGGGCUGCAUAUUAUCAUCUUCGAUGAGUUGGAUGCCAUCUGUAAGCAGCGUGGUACAGGAGCAAGUAGCACAGGAGUCCAUGACACUGUGGUCAAUCAGCUGCUAUCUAAAAUUGACGGUGUGGAGCAACUCAACAAUAUCCUCGUUAUAGGAAUGACUAACAGACCUGAUCUAAUAGACGAUGCUCUGAUGAGACCUGGAAGAUUUGAGGUGAAAAUGGAGAUCGGUCUGCCCGAUGAAAAGGGUCGUGUCCAGAUCCUGAGCAUUCACACGUCUAAAAUGCGUGAGUUUAACCUGCUAGCGACUGAUGUGGAUUUGAAGGAACUGGCAGCUGAAACGAAGAACUACAGCGGUGCUGAACUGGAGGGAUUAGUGAGAGCUGCUCAGUCAACCGCCAUGAACCGACACAUCAAGGCCACAGCCACAGUGGAAGUAGACCUGGAGAAAGCUGAGAAGCUGCAGGUGUGCAGAGCCGAUUUUAUGGGCUCGCUCAACAACGACAUCAAACCUGCGUUUGGUACGAACCAGGAGGAUUACGCAAGCUAUAUCAUGAACGGCAUUAUUAAAUGGGGCGAUCCUGUGAGUCACAUACUGGAUGACGGAGAGCUACUUGUUCAACAAACCAAGAACAGCGACAGAACUCCGCUGGUGGCCGUGCUGCUCGAAGGUCCUCCUCACAGUGGGAAAACUGCGUUAGCUGCGAAAAUCGCGGAAGAUUCGCAGUUUCCCUUCAUUAAGAUCUGCAGCCCCGAUAAGAUGAUCGGCCACUCCGAGAUUUCAAAAUGCCAAGCCAUCAAAAAGAUUUUUGAUGAUGCUUAUAAAUCCCAGCUCAGCUGUGUUGUGGUGGACGAUAUUGAACGCCUACUCGAUUACGUUCCCAUUGGCCCAAGAUUCUCUAACCUGGUCCUCCAAGCAUUACUGGUUUUACUAAAGAAACCACCGCCUCAUGGCCGUAAGCUGCUAAUCAUCGGCACCACGAGUCGUAAAGACGUCCUGCAGGAGAUGGAGAUGCUCGACGCCUUCAGCACUACCAUACAUAUCCCUAACAUCAGCACCGGAGAUCACCUGGUGGAGGCGCUAGAGUUGCUGGGCAGCUUCACGGAUGCAGAGCGAGCGACUAUCGCCCAGAAGGUGAAGGGAAAGCGAGUGUGGAUUGGAAUUAAGAAACUCCUCAUGCUCAUCGAGAUGUCACUGCAGAUGGACCAGGAGUACCGCGUCAGCAAAUUCCUCACCCUGCUUCGGGAUGAAGGGGCGCUGGAUGAGAGCAAUCACAUCCGAAUUUAACAUCUCCCUGCCUUCUGAGAUCGCGGCUUCUAAAAGGAUCGAGCGGAGCCCCGACUCGCACCUCGUCUUUCUGCGCCCUUCGUCGUAACUCCUUCACACACACGCGCCACGGCGUCUCGUGCUUUGUGAGCUACUGUUCUAGAUAUUUAAAGAAAAAAAAAGAUAUAAAAAAGAUAUAAAGAUGUACAAACUCAUCACUAUUGUGUAUUUGUGUGUGUGUGUGUGAAUGUGUCAUAUAUAUAUAUUUAGAGCUUCUAUAUCAUGAACCUAUUAUGUGAAGUGCGUAGUUGUGUUGUAGCACACACUGACAAGGUACUGUUACAUUUAUGACUUUGAGUGUACACAGGGCUGUGUGUGUGUGUGUGUGUGUGUUAGAGCUUUAAUCAAGACUGAAAUGUUGACCUUUUAUCAGACCUGACCUGGCCCCCAACACUAGAUUCUGAUCUAAUCUGAUCUAAUCUGAUCUAAUCUGCAUAAAGAGUCUUGGAAAAAAAAUGUUUUAAAUCAAAACCUGAGGUUAAAGGAGCAGAACUUAGCACUGACUCUUUUUUCAUCUUUGUUAUCAUCAAACACAAAAUGUUUCAUGUUUAACGUAGAUCUAAACACUUUUUACAAGUUACAAGAAUCACAGAUUUAGCUUGUGCUUUUAUUGUCUAGCAUCAUAGAUUCGAAUCAUGAGGCGUUCGCUAGCCGGCUGCUCUUCUGUGCAAACUUUAGCUAGCGAUGUUAAUGCAUUAGAUCCGGUUCACUCUCAGCUCUCGAAACUGUAAUUGAUGGGCUUAAGGUUUCUAGAUAGACUAGACUGAUGACUCUGAGCUUUUAAACAACGUGGUCAAACCCCCAACAGCACACAUGUCCGAUGUGUUACAGAUCACCGUGUGUCAGAGUUCACAGGGCUUUUCAUUUACAUUUACAUUUACAAAUCCAUUAAACUCAAAUGUGCUCUCUGAGCUUUAUUAUGAAGCAAAUGUCAGGGAAAAAGGGACAAAAUGCAGGUCAAACGAAUGGUUUGAACAGCCAACAAGCUCUAGUGUGUGUCUGUGUGCGUGUGUGCGUGUGUGUGUGUGUGUGUGUGUGCAGUACAACAGGAAUUUUGACAAGUAUAAAAAUGAACAUUCUGAUCCAUAAUAUAUCUCUCCUUGUAUUGCUCUAUGUCCCUCACUCUUGAAAUCCUAAAUAUGUGUGUGUGUGUGAGUGGGAUUGUACCUUGUUUGUUGUGCAUCAAUAUUGUUUAGUAAUGAUCAAUGACGAGUUCUUUCUUUGGCUUGUGUACUGCUCAGUGAUUAGUGCUUGAAGUUCACAGAUGUAAUGUCAUGAAUAUUAAUGAACUUUGUGAAUAUUAAUGCUGUAUUCCUGCAAUAAACACGCACAGACACAAAC